UUAUGUUGAGGGGCCGGCGGGUCUUGGGCUUGGCGUUGCCUCGGCGACAGCUGCUUUUGAAUGGAUGCCGUUGGUGUUCCUCAGGAAUCAUUCCCAAUGAGAAGAUUCGCAACAUUGGAAUUUCAGCACACAUUGACUCUGGAAAGACUACAUUAACUGAGCGCAUUCUUUUCUACACAGGCAGGAUUUCUCAAAUGCACGAGGUAAAAGGGAAGGACGGGGUUGGCGCCGUCAUGGAUUCAAUGGAACUGGAACGGCAGCGCGGCAUCACUAUUCAGUCUGCUGCAACUUAUACCCUCUGGAAAGACACAAAUAUUAACAUCAUUGACACGCCAGGCCACGUUGAUUUCACCAUAGAAGUAGAAAGGGCCCUGAGAGUUCUGGAUGGAGCCAUCCUGGUGCUGUGCGCCGUUGGAGGGGUUCAGUGCCAGACGAUGACCGUGAAUAGGCAGAUGAAGCGUUACCACGUCCCUUUUCUGACCUUCAUCAACAAACUGGAUCGAAUGGGCUCAAGUCCAAACAGAGCUUUGCAACAGCUCAGAUACAAAUUAAAUCAGAAUGCUGCUUUUGUUCAGAUUCCAAUGGGACUGGAGGGAAAUUUCAGAGGAAUCAUUGAUCUUAUUGAAGAAAGAGCCAUCUAUUUUGAAGGUGAUUUUGGCCAAACCGUAAAAUACGGCGAUAUUCCUCCCGACUUCAGAGCCGAGUGUGCAGACCGGCGUCAGGAACUGAUCGAGUGUGUUGCCAAUUCUGAUGAACUGCUUGGGGAGCUUUUUCUUGAAGAGAAGAUCCCAACGGUGGCUGAUUUAAAGCUCGCCAUCAGAAGAGCGACGCUGAGUAAAUCGUUCACGCCUGUGCUGGUGGGAAGUGCUCUCAAGAACAAGGGGGUGCAGCCUCUGCUGGAUGCUGUUCUAGAGUACCUCCCAAACCCGUCGGAAGUCCAAAACUAUGCUCUUCUCAACCAAGAGAAUUCCAAGGAAAAAUCCAAGCUACUGCUGGGCUCUGCCAGAGACGACUCCCUGCCUUUCUUGGGCUUGGCAUUUAAACUUGAGGCUGGACGAUUUGGACAGCUCACGUACAUUCGCGUGUACCAGGGGAUGCUAAAGAAAAGCGAUUACAUCUACAACACCCGGACUGGGAAAAAAGUGCGGGUGCAGAGACUCGUCCGCAUGCACGCAGAUAUGUUGGAGGAUGUGGAUGAAGCGUAUGCAGGAGAUAUCUGUGCAUUGUUCGGCAUUGACUGUGCUAGUGGGGAUACGUUCUCCGAUAAAUCCAGCACCGACUUUUCCAUGGAAUCGAUUCAUGUACCUGAUCCUGUCAUUUCAGUAGCAAUGAAGCCAUCCAACAAGAACGACAUGGAUAAGUUUUCAAAAGGCAUUAACCGGUUCACCAGAGAAGAUCCUACCUUCAGAGUUCACUUUGACAAUGAGAGCAAAGAGACCAUUGUUUCAGGAAUGGGAGAACUACAUCUGGAAAUCUAUGCUCAGAGAAUGGAAAGAGAAUAUGGUUGUCCUUGUGUUAUGGGAAAGCCCAAAGUAGCCUUUCGAGAGAGCAUUGUGGCAACGGUACCGUUUGACUUCACUCAUAAAAGGCAGAGCGGUGGGGCCGGCCAGUUUGGUAAAGUGACAGGAUUUCUAGAAGCUCUGGAUCCAGAUAACUACACCAAAGUGGAAUUUGAGGACAGAACUGUUGGAACCAAUGUCCCAAAGCAGUUUGUGCCAGCCAUUGAAAAGGGAUUCCGUGACGCAUGCGAGAAAGGUCCCUUGACGGGUCACAAGAUUUCAGGAAUACGGUUCGUUCUGGAGGAUGGCGCUAAUCACAUGGUGGACUCAAACGAAAUCUCUUUCAUCAGAGCUGCCGAAGGUGCCCUGAAACAAGCUAUGGCAAGUGCAACGGUGUGUAUUCUCGAGCCCAUUAUGUCUGUGGAAGUUGUGGCACCCAUUGAAUUCCAAGGAGUGGUGAUGGCAGGAAUCAGUCGCCGUCACGGCAUCAUCACAGGACAAGACGGCGCUGAAGGCUAUUUCACCCUCUACUCUGACGUUCCCUUGAACAAUAUGUUUGGAUAUGCGACAGAAUUGAGGUCUUGCACAGAGGGAAAAGGUGAAUACACAAUGGAAUACAGUAAAUACCAGCCCUGCUUACCCAAUACCCAGGAAGAACUAAUUAACAGAUACCUAGAAGCAACGGGACAACUUCCUGCAAAAAAAGGCAAGGCCAAGAGCUGAUUCACUUCCCAGAGAGGCAUUUGUAAGGAUCUGAUGGCAAAAUUCAACUGCUCAAAAGCUCUGUUGGUUAAAUGACGUGAGAAAAAUCAGAGCAGGUGGCUGAAUUUCAGCCUGGAUCGAUACUUUGACUUUAUUAAGUCGCUGAGAGACUGUU